AGCAAUCCUAUUGAGAAUUGAAUGCAGUUGUUGUAUUCUCUUUCCUGAAAAGGGGCUUACAGAGAGAGACAGACAGUGUCUGCGAAAAGGGUUCUGUUAAAUCAAACGGUAGGAAUUGCAAAUUUAACGAAAAGGUUCAAUUGUAGUAAACGAUCGUUGUAGGAGAGGAUAACGCCGCUGCGUUGACUUCGAAAAUGUCUCCUUUGGAAGGAAGAAAGUGAAACAAUUUUGGUCUGCAACUAAGAAUCAUGCGAACUGGGCGAUUGGAAAUCCUAGGAUCUAUGGCGUAAAAGUAAUUAUUUGAUGUUAUUCUUCUGUUUGUUUACCUCAUGAACACGUACGUCAAUCAUUUAAUUCCCUUGAUAUCCCUCUCUCCAAGAACAGACUGAAUUCUCGUUUCUUGGUGCUUUUGUCGGUAGAAUAUCUAGUUGUGUCUGAGCACUUUUUUUCAUGCAGUUUCUUGACAUCUGGGCGUUUGUUUCUGUUUGUUUCUACUUGCAUUUUUAGCGUUCAUUAUAUACGCGCUGGGUUGUGACUUGCAUCCUACCAGUUUCUUGAUCAGAAUUUCUCUCCUAUUGACGCGGGGUUGCAUAAGUAGUAGAAAGAUGGCAGGUUGUCUGGAUGGGUGUUUUUCCUUCCUCGGCAUGAGCCAGAAGGGCUUAGCGCCUUUCUCGUCGUCUUCUUCAUCGAGUAAGCCCGCAGGAACCACAUCGAGUAUUCCGCCAAUCGAAGGCCUGGGGCCAGCCGUGCGACAUCGCAAGCAGGGCAAAGUGAGCGGCAAGAGUCGGAUUCGCCCUGAUGCUGAGGCGAACUUGUCAAAAGACUUAGGGCUCUCUCCUAGUGAUCUCAAACCAGGAAUGGGAGAUUUUACGCUGGACAGUCUGGAAGCAACAUUUGAUGAAACACUCUUCGUAAAACUGAUGGAGAAGCUCAUCAAAGAGGCAAAAUACCUCCAGAAUAACCCAAGGGCAGGCGUGGUGCCAGAAGAAGAACGGGCAGCGAAAAUCGUCAUGGAUUGCCUUAAUCCGUUCUCAACAAAAAACGGAGGGCCCUUGCAGAUUGAGGUAGUUGCUGAUUGCUUGUUUCUGGUUUAUCAAGUUCCUCCGUUAUAUAUCCAGCUGCGCCGCUCGCUAGACGGCCGCACACAAUUGAUUGGCUCUGGUGACGGUCGUGGUUGCUUGUGAUUAUAGUGGAUUUUUUCCAUGUAGUUGCUACUGCGACAAGUUGGUAAAAGGAUUCGCACAAAUGAAGGUAGAAGUGUGCACUACUAGUACCUCUACUACUCAUUCAUUCUGUCAUAUGUUGCCUGCCUCUGGUGUUGAUACAAGAAUUUAACUCGUACGAUACACUUUCAUGAUCUUAGCCUGCCUCCGAUCCGACUAUAAGUAUAAUAAACUCAUCUCAGUUGCUGGAGUACGUACCGAAGAGACCGAAUCUGAAAGUUACAUACGCGGCUAGCACAAACUCGAGACGCACGAUAGGAUUCGUUGGAUCUCAUAUGGAUGUAGUACCAGCAAACCCAGAGGAGUGGGCCAGAGAUCCGUACUAGGAUAUUUUUUCGAGGUUGUACGAAGUAAGAUACACCGACUCUGAGUCCUUACUGCAGUUGUUACCCUGUAGAAAUACUCUUAUCAUCUUCAAAUGUGGAGAUCAUCUUUUUCGCCUUUUAUUAUUAUGCACGAACACUCUUUACUAUUACUAUGGGCCGAACCAAACCGAACAGUUUUAAGCUAGUCCGUGAUGGUGACAAGUUGUAUGGUCGUGGGACUACGGAUUGCCUUGGGCAUGUAGCAUUACUCGCUGUUUUUUUGCGGUUUCUGGCGCUUACGAAGCCAAAACUUGACAUGUCUGUGGUGUGUGUCUUCAUCGCAGCCGAGGAGGGCGGUGAAUUCGGGGUUGGCGUCGAUCGCGUCCUAGAGGACGGGAAAUUAGAGGAGCUCAAGAACGGUCCAGUCUUCUGGAUCGAUGCUGCAGAUUCCCAGCCGUGCGCCGGAACGUGUGGCGUGACCCAGUGGGAACUGAAAACCACCGGCAGACUGUUCCACAGUGGGCUUCCGCAUAAAGGAAUCAACUCCAUCGAAUUAGCGAUGGACACAGUUGCGGAACUCCAGAGAAAUUUUUACAGCGACUUUGGACCAGUCAGCGAGCAGAAAAGCUACGGGUACCAUUAUUUCACAUAACUGUGAGCAGUCCUCUUUCAUCUAAGUAAGUACUGCGAAUUGACACGCAGAGUUAUGAUGAAUCAAGGAUCUUAGAACCUUAACCUUUUUGUUUUCGCCCAUUUUCUUCUAGUUCAUCUUGUUUUUCUUGCCUGCUGUAUUGUCGUAGGCGCUGCCACUGCUUCGCUCCCCCCAUGCAGCUUUCUCAUCAGCAAGCACGCGAUAUCGCCCCGCAGAGUACAUGAUGACUAACCGUUACUGACUGAGGCUCCGCCCUGACCACAGUUCGCUCCGGCUGUGCGGCCCCCGCCGUACUCGGGUUGCCGAUUCUUCUGAAUCUACGAACUUGAGAUCGCAGAUCGAGCAUGCAAGCAAACGAAGCGCGGUAUUUUCAUUGAAACCAGAAGGUCUGCCACCUGUUUCUUGGCGCUCGCAUAGCACCCCGCCCACCUCGAGAAAGCUGUGAGUUUGUUUGCUCGCGUCGUUACCGGCCCCGCUGCCCCCGCCUGGCUGCAUCACCCUCUAUCGGCAUCAAGAUCCAUUGAUAAAGAGAAACAUGAAAAUAGUAUGUAGCUCACGAUGAGAUUGUUUCAAAUGAGUGUAAAAUCUGCGCAGGUUUGGAGUCGGGUCGACUAUGAAGCCUACCCAGAUUUGCUGCUCUGAGGGUAGUUUGAAUCAGAUCCCGCCAUGGUGCAAGGUAAGCGGGGACAUUCGGUUGGUGCCGUUCUACGACAUGCUAGACGUAAUCGAUCGUGUGGAGAAGUAUGUGGAGAAUAUCAACGCAAACCUGAGCAAAUUGAACUGCGAGACUACGCGCGGUGCCUACAGCAAGUACGAUAUCAAGGAAGCUGCGCCGGAAGCAGAAAUCACCGAAGGCAGGGUCGAGAUUUCCUGGGGCCAAUCGAAGGAAAGUGCGCUCUUGUAUGCGGGAAUCGCAGCAGACCUCACGUCAACCGGACACAAAGCUCUGGUGCAAGCCACAGCAGAGGCAAAGGGUACUUCGUUCCGAAUUUUUGCUUGAUAAUUGAAUACUUUUCAGCUUUGGCUUAUUGCAUGAGUCAUAUUUAUUGGACUCCGACUAGUCAUGUUGAUGGUGAAAAUGUUUUCAUGGUUGAACAUUAAGCGGAUUCAUUUUCAUUUUGAAGAUCCAAGAAUCAAUCAUCUAUGAUGUUUUUUCUACUAUUGAAGUCAAAAAAUACAACUUUUUAUCGCGUCUCAGGCUAAUCCCUUCAACCAACACGAUCAGGCGCGGAAAACUGUAAGCCUUACAGCAUCACCGGUUCGCUGCCAUUAGUAGGGAUGAUGCAGAGGCAGGGCUUCGACAUUCAGCUCGACGGCUUCGGACUGAUGUCAGUUUAUCAUGCCGUGAAUGAAUACUGCGAUAUUAAUCACAUGCGCAAAGGGCAUGAGAUUAUGCUCAGAAUACUCUGCCUUCUCAACACUGCUGCGACGGAGAAGAAGUAG